GUAUUCUUUUACCCAGAGAACAUAUUGCUUGCUUCAUUGUUCUCAGCUAUGCUACAGGCUUCGUGUACUUCGUCUGCAUGUAAAUGUGAAUUUUUAUGUGAAAUUAUCUCCUCCUCGGUUUUGCACACAUAACGAAAAAAGCGUAUGUGUUCUAUUCGAAUAGACUCCUCAGCAACAAUUCAUUCAGUAGCGCGCCGUCGUACGUUGCGGUCGCACGCAUUCGUAAUCAAAAUAUUAUUGCUGUGUAAGAAGCGAAGCUGCCAAAAAUAAAAUAACCAAAAAGAAACCAAAACCAGUGAUAAUAACUACAGUAGUUAAAACGCUUAGCGUGACUUUUUUUUAUUGUUGUUAUUUUAACUUUAGUUUUCAAUUAAUUUUUAAUUAAUUAAAAAGCAAAAAAAAAAUAAAAAAACACAAAAAUUUUUAUUCUAAAAAAAUUGCAAAUAAAAUAGAAAAAGAAAAAUCAAUAAACUAUGGGGUCAUCUCGUACACCCAUAGGGUUAACGAGAAACAAAUUCUCCCGGAACAUGCUUUUGUUAUCGAACUUAUUGAUAAUCGUUGUUAUCAUACAAACAUGCGGCCAGUUACAAACAGUGAAUGCCAAGCAAGUUACGAACGAUCUGACAUUUGAUGAUACUUUCGACAUUGAUCAGUUCGAGGAUGUGCCAGCGUCUGGAACGAAAUUACGCAGUGCCCGCGAUCUUAAUGAACAAGAUUUAAUUGACGAUGAAUUGCAGCCAGUCGAGGCCAUAGAUAGUGAAGAUCAAAAUGGCGGCAGUUGGUUAAUGCAAAGCGUUAAACGUGUGCGCCGAGAAUUAGGCCGUUUAUUUGGUAGCGAUAACAACUCACAAGACAUUGAGAAAACUAGAAGCAAACAACAUAGAAGACGUAGUCAUGGUGAACGUUUAGCGGGCGAGAAGAAGAAACGUCAACAAUCGCCAGAAGGGGAAAAUGGCCAACAGCAACAACGUAAAAAGAGAAAACAAGUAAGACCCGAUGGAGAACUAAAGGCGAAGAAACAAUCGAAAAAGUUAAUGAAGAUCACCGGUAAACAUAGUAAACGCCAGUCGAAUGGUGAUGAUAAUUUUGAGGGUUCCGGCGACGAUGAAGAUCUCUACGAAACUGAUCAAUGGCAAACUUUAUUCACCCUUAAUGAACCUUGGCUGGAUGAGUACCGCGACGGUCCCAGCAGCCCACAAUAUCAAAAUUUAGGUCAUCAAGUUGAAACCGCAUUCAUGGAAGUGAUUUCGGAUAUGUAUGGUGACGACGUCGAUUAUAGCGUUAAAGUGAAAUUUGUAAGGGUCAUUCCAACUUCGGAUCACUAUAAAAUUCACUGCAUUGUGCAGUUAGAGUUGCCUAAAAAAAUGAAAGAUUUUGGUGAUAGAUUGCGUGAACAAAUUGCGAAAUAUCGACGUAUAGGACAAAAUCUCAGUGCCGAGGUGGAUGAGCAAUUUUACUUCCGGACAGAUGUUACUGAUCAUGAAUAUGUUGAUAAUGUUACACCGGAUGGUUAUGAGCACGGCAAUAAUGGUUUCAAGUAUGACUGCGAUCAAGAUGGCUUUUUUACUUGUGGUGACGGUCAAGAGAUUCCCUGCAUAUAUCGAUGCGAUAAUAAAUUUGAUUGUGAAGAUGAAACUGAUGAAGCAAAAGAGAUGUGUGACACCAUAUUUAACGAAGACGAACUAUCAGCUGAAGACGAACGGCAUCGAGGAAAUGAAGACGAACACAGAGAACGUCAUUCAGGCGAAGAAGGAAAUGAUGGAGGGUACACAGAAAAUCGCCAUUCAGAAGAAGAUCAACGCUAUCCAGUCGAUGAUGAUCGUAAUUCGGGACGUGAACAUCAAUAUCCGGCCGAGGGUUCAGAUCGGUCGGAGAACGAACCUCGCUACUCUGAAGGUGAUCGCCGAUAUCCUGAAAGCGAUCGUCGCUAUCCCGAAGAGGACUCUGAUCAUCGUGGAAGUGAUUCUCGUUAUCCUGAAAAUGAACAUUAUCCGGAAGGUGAUCAUCGCUAUCCUGAAGGUGAGCAUUACCCAGGAGGCGAUCGUCGCCAUCCGGAAGGCGAACAAUACCCAAGAGGCGAUCAUCGCUACCAUGAAAAUGAGCAUUAUCCAGAUGGCGAUCACCACUAUCCCGAAAAUGAACAUUAUCCAGAAGGCGAUCAUCGCUAUCCCGAAGGUGAACAUUACCCGGGAGGCGAUCGUCGCUAUCCUGAAGGUGAACAUUACCCAGGAGGCGAUCGUAGCUAUCCUGAACGCGAACAUUACCCAGACGUUGAUCAUCGUUAUCCUGAUGGAAAAAUUUCUUACUCGGGAAGCGAUCCCCGUUAUCCUGAUAUUGAUCCCCGUUAUGGUAGUCACCGUCCUGAUAGUACUUCCUCGGAAUCCGAUCAUGGACAUCCAUUGGGUCCACACACCGACGUAUCCACCAGCGAAGAAUUUAAUUGUUUAGCUAAUCCGAACGGUGAAUUUUUAUGCCAAGAUGGCCGUAUCUUGCCCUGUUAUUUAAGAUGUGAUGGCCAACCUGAUUGUCAGGACCAUUCCGACGAAGCUGAUGAAGAAUGUUCUCGUACAGAAAAUGACACUGAUAACGGAUUCGAUACCAGUACUGAAGGUGAUAUACAUAUUGGUGGUGAUAAUGAGUUUGAUGGUUCUGGUGAGGGUGAGGUUGAACCUCGUCACUUCAAUGUUACCGAAACUAGUCCCGUUUAUACUUCGCCUCAACAUGGUGGUGGUUGCCGAGGUGACGCGACAUACACUUGCCGUCAUAGCGGUUACGUUAUAUGCGAUGAGCAUGUAUGCGAUGGCACCGAACAUUGUCUCGACGGAGAAGAUGAAGAAAAUUGUGGUUCUGUUGAGGAUAAUACUUCUUACGAAAAGGUUUGUGCAGCGAACGAAUUCAAAUGCGACGAUCGCUGUUUACCAAAAGAGUAUCAAUGUAACGGUGUGAUCGAAUGUUACGAUCGUACUGACGAAGAACAUUGUCCAGAGUGCAGUUCUUCCGAAUUUAAAUGCCGUUCAGGAAAUUGCAUUGAUGGCAGUAAACGUUGUGACCGUAUUCUCGACUGUCCGGAUGGAGAUGACGAAGACGAAAGAUGCCCGGAUGAAUGUAGUAGCAUUGAAUAUCAGUGUAGAGAUGGUAUGAAUUGUAUAAGUGAAUCGAAAUUGUGUGAUGGCUUCAAUGAUUGCAUCGAUGGAGAUGACGAGGAACAUUGCGAUAGUAGCGGUGACAAUGAUGAUUAUUGCAAAUUUAAUGAAUUUCGUUGCAAUAACGGUCAAUGCAUACCCUAUCGUGAGGUAUGCAAUCAUAUAUAUGAUUGUUCUGAUUAUUCAGAUGAAAUCGACUGCGAAAUAAAAGAUGGCAAUAAUGUAAAUCGAAACUACGAAGAUGAUGAGCUAAGACGCAAAUACGAUCACUAUUCGUAUACAACUCUCAAUUCGUUAUCUCCUCGGCGAUCAUCAUCAUCAUCAUCGUCAUCAUCGUCUUUCAAUGUACUGGGCGGUAUACAUGAAUUAGAUAUCAAUGAUUAUUCUUUUUAUCAUCCGAACAUCUAUGAAAAUGCCAAUCAACGUAAUCCUUGUCCGGCCGAUAAAUUCCGUUGCGCCAAUAAUGUUUGUGUUCCUUUACGGUUUCGAUGCGAUGGUCUCUAUCAUUGCAAUGAUUUAAGCGAUGAAGAGGAUUGUGAUAAAUAUGUUCGAGGAUCUCAAGAGCGGCCCAUAACCGAUCGGCCGCCAGACAAUGUUAUACAUACUAUACCCCCCACGACAAUGAAACCCAAAUGGAAUAUCAGCAAUUCGUAUUGGCCAAGAAAAACAACAUCGACCACUAUCGCCACAAGUACUCCGAGAUAUCGAUAUAUGUACCCUAGAACAACAACAACGCAAGCUCCGCCUAAGAAAACAUGUCUUAGUAUGGAAUUUAUGUGUGAGAAUGGCGCUUGUAUACCAUUAGAGAGUGUUUGUGAUGGUGUACGAGACUGUGCGCGUUAUGAUGAUGAAAGUUACGGUCUAUGCAAUUGUAGCAAUGAUAAGUUUAAAUGUGUACAAGGCGGUGGCUGUGUACCGAAAACGCAGGUGUGCGAUGGCAAGCCUCAGUGCAGAGAUGGCAGUGAUGAGAUCAGUUGUCAUUUCAAUAGUAAUUUCAAUAAAAGUCGCAACAUGGCUGAUUGCUUAAGUUAUCAAUUUCAAUGCGCUGAUGGAAUCUGUAUUGCGGACUAUAAGCUAUGUAACGGUAUAACUGAUUGUCUAGAUGGUUCGGAUGAGAUAAAUUGUCCCAUCAAUUACGAUGACACAAAUUAUGAAGAUUUUGAUACUGAUGCUGAUACAACGUUUACUGAAUGUGAAUUAUAUGAAUUCGAAUGUGAUUACUCGAAAUGUAUACCGAACGAUAAAAAAUGCGACGGUUUUGCCGAUUGUGACGACGACACUGACGAAUCAGAUUGUCAGUCGUAUACAGGUGAUUGUCCUGAAUUAAAAUUCAAAUGCAAUAACACUUGUGUUGAUUGGAAUAUCCGUUGUAAUGGAAAAAUUGAUUGUUACGAUGGAGCGGAUGAAGAGGGUUGUCAGGAACCCUCUGAAAGCGAUCUAAAUUUAUCAAAUAAUUCGUGCCGUUCUGAUCAAUGGCAAUGUGAUAAUUUGUUGUGUAUUAACAAAGAUUAUUUAUGUGACGGUCGUACUGAUUGUAAAGACGGUUCAGAUGAAUCCAUUAAACAAUGUGAAAAAACCGUUACCACCGUUCUAACACCGGAAGAUUGUCGUGACGAUCAGUUUUUCUGUGAUGAUGACUGUCAUUCGACAUCGCUACGUUGUAACGGUCAUUACGAUUGCCUUGAUCGUAAGGAUGAGCAAAAUUGCCCACUUGGUUAUCCAUUCCCUACCCGUCCACCACCUAUCUUCCCUUGUCCCCAACAUACAUGUUCGAAUGGCAAAUGCUACAGCGAAAAUGAACGUUGUGAUGGCACACCGCAAUGCGAUGACGGUUCAGAUGAAGCAAACUGUUGUGCUGCUGAUCAAUUCCGUUGCCGCAGCGGUGAAUGUGUACCAGCUUAUGCCCAAUGCAAUGGCUAUCGUGAAUGCCCUGACAAUUCGGAUGAGGAUGAUUGUUUGGAUCCGGCACGUACCUGUUUAUCUUCACAAUUUCGUUGCGAUAACGGUCAAUGCAUUAAUAUUUUGGCCCGCUGUAAUGGUUAUACGGAUUGUGCCGAUAGUUCAGAUGAAAAAUUCUGCACACGGCCAACCACUGCCAGUCCGCACCAGUUAACUUUGCGCACCUAUCCGAACAACCAAGUGAUCAAAGAAAGUCGUGAAGCUGUGUUCCGUUGUCGUGAUGAAGGUAUGCUACGGGCUCGUGUUCGUUGGACUCGUCCCGGCGAUCGACCUUUACCGGCGGGUUCUCGUGAUAUAAACGGACGUUUGGAAAUACCUAAUAUACGAGUUGAAGAUUCCGGUACUUAUAUUUGUGAAGCUGUAGGCUAUCCCCGUCACGUCCCUGGACAGCAAGUUUCUGUGCAACUAACCGUCGAAAAAUAUAAUCCUCGCGAUGAACGUAUUCCAGCAGCUUGUUCUUCAACCCAGGCUACUUGCAUGAACGGCGAAUGUAUAGAUAGAUCGCAGAUAUGUGACGGUAUCCCUCAUUGCUCGGAUGGUUCCGAUGAGCACAGCUGUUCCCACGGUCGGAAAUGUCAUCCCAAUCAAUUUAUGUGCCGUAACUCCAAAUGUGUCGAUCGUGUGUGGCGUUGCGAUGGAGAAAACGAUUGUGGCGAUAACUCCGAUGAAGAAAGUUGCGAUCCGGAACCCAGUGGAGCACCAUGCCGUUACGACGAAUUCCAAUGCCGCAGCGGUCAUUGCAUACCGAAAUCCUUCCAAUGUGAUGAUACGAAUGACUGCCGCGAUGGAUCUGAUGAGAUUGGUUGCAUGGCUCCUGAUAAAAUACGUGAUCCACCUCCGACACAGGUCCUUAAGCAGGGUGACUUCCUUAACAUAACUUGUGUGGGCGUUGGUAUUCCCGUACCAGUGAUAGUUUGGCGACUCAACUGGGGUCAUGUACCCGAAAAAUGCAUAUCUAAGAGUUACGCUGGCACUGGCAACUUAUACUGCCCUGACAUGCAAUCUAGUGAGAGUGGCGCCUAUUCCUGUGAGAUUAUCAACACCAAAGGCAGCAAGUUCACUACUGAUACCUUAGUUACUGUGAUAACCCCAGACAGACCUGGUGUUUGUCCUGCAGGCUUCUUUAAUAUGUUAGCUCGAUCACCUGAUGAAUGCAUCAAUUGCUUCUGUUUCGGUGUUUCUAAGACUUGCAAAAGCGCUGAUCUUUUCACUUCUGUAAUUCAAGCUCCGGUUAGUUCACAUCGUGUAGUUGAUGUCGAAUUGAGUCCGUAUAGUAAUAUUGUGAUAAAUGAAGCUCCCGCUUCCGGUAUGAUGACUCUCCUUCAUGGUGUACAAUUCCGUGCAUCCGAUGUUCAUUAUGGCGGUGGACGUAGUGCGCCUUAUCUAGCUUUGCCAAGCGAAUAUAUGGGCAAUCAGUUGAAAUCCUAUGGCGGCUAUCUUAAAUACGAUAUUAAUGUCGUAGGCAGUGGACGACCGACGCAUCAUCCUGACGUUAUUGUUACGGGCAAUGGUUUCACUUUGACCUACCGCGCUCGCUUGCAACCUCAAGUGAAUGUGCCUAACAAAAUGGAAGUUCAGUUCAGUCCUGGAACAUGGAAAAAACCGGACGGCCGUUUGGCUACGCGCGAAGAAAUCAUGAUGAUUUUGGCCAAUGUGGACAAUCUUUUAAUACGGUUAAGUUAUAUUGAAGCUACGGAACGUGAAGUUGAACUUACGAAUAUUCUUAUGAACUCUGCUGGUGCACAUGAUCAUGGCUUGGGUCAAGCUUCAUUGGUAGAACAGUGUCAAUGCCCUAACGGUUAUGCAGGAGACUCUUGCGAAUCCUGUGCUCCAGGCUACGUGCGUCAAAAAGGCGGCGCAUGGCUAGGACGUUGCGUGCCAUUCACUCCUGUUCCGUGUUCGCCUGGUACAUAUGGUGAUCCGCUACGUGGCAUACCUUGCCGAGAGUGUCCUUGUCCACAAACGGGUAGUAAUAAUUUUGCGAACGGCUGUUCGCUGGGUCCAGAUAGUGAAGUUACCUGUAACUGCCAUGAAGGCUAUACCGGACGUCGCUGUGAAAGUUGUGCCCCGGGUUAUCAAGGAAACCCUAUACUGCCUGGCGGCCAUUGCUAUCCCGUACCCGAAAGUACUUGCAACGCCGAGGGUACCUACUAUCCUCAUCCCAAUGGUACUUGCGAGUGCAAGCAAUUGGUGGUGGGACCACGUUGUGAUACCUGCGCUCCUGAUUCUUUCCAUCUGAAUGCAUUUACGUACACAGGAUGUAUUGAGUGUUUCUGUAGCGGUCUAACCAACACAUGUACCAGUAGCUCAUGGUAUCGCGAUCAAAUUGUCUCCAACUUUGGUCAAUCAAGAGCACCUCACGGCUUUACUUUAAUACGGGAUUACGAUGCUGAUUAUCCCUCCAAUGUGGACUUUGUUUCGACAGGAUCAUCAUUAUCUUUCAGCAAUGCCCCGACAGCAGAACCUUUAUACUGGAGUCUACCUGCGCAAUUCUUGGGCAACAAAAUUAGUACCUACGGCGGCAAAUUGAAUUACACUUUAAGUUACAGUCCUAUGCCUGGUGGUCUGAUGUCGCGAAGCACUUCACCCGACGUAGUUAUAAAGAGCGGCGAGGAUUUGACUAUGAUUCACUACCGCAAGACGGGGGUUACUCCUAGUUCUUCCAGCUCUUAUUCGGUUCCCAUUGUAGAAAGCGCAUGGCAACGUUCUGAUGGUCAGGUGGUUAAUCGUCAACACUUGUUAAUGGCCUUAUCCAAAAUUGACGCUAUUUAUAUCAAAGCCACGUACACUACCAGCACUAAAGAAGGCACUUUAACACAUGUUUCAUUCGAUAUUGCUACGCCCACAAACACUGGUAAUACUAAAGCUGUAGAGGUAGAAGAAUGUCGCUGUCCUGAAGGUUACAUUGGUUUGUCUUGCGAGCGUUGUGCUCCCGGUUACAAACGUAAUCCGGAAGCUGGUUUAUAUUUGGGUCUCUGUGAAAUUUGUGAAUGUAAUGGUCACUCCCAGGAAUGCGAUGCCGAGACUGGCGUCUGUAAAAAUUGUGCCCACAACACAGAAGGUGACAAUUGUGACCGUUGUGCGUAUGGCUACAGCGGCGUAGCGACCACUGGCACUCCAUACGACUGCACGCCCGGAGGUGACUAUUUGCCGCCACCUCCUCCUGAUAACCAGACUUCAUGCUCUUAUUGCAAUCAAGCUGGCACAACGUCUUGCGACAAUGGAUAUUGCUACUGCAAACCAAACGUGCAAGGCAAUCGUUGCGAUCAAUGUAGACCUGGCACGUUUGGGCUCUCCGAACGUAAUCCAGACGGUUGCAAGGAAUGCUACUGUUCACACAAAAGCACUACUUGCACUUCAGCUUCCUUAUAUCGUCAACUCAUACCGGUUGACUUUUUCGAAAAUCCACCCCUUCUUACUGAUGAAGAAGGCUUGAUAGCGGAUACCGAAAAUUUAAGCCACGACUUUGGAGCCAAUGAAUACAUAUAUGGCUAUACUUCUUUUACACCUAAGUAUUGGAGUUUGCGUGGUUCAGUAUUAGGAAACCAAUUAUACUCUUAUGGCGGAGCUCUUUCCUACGUACUUAGUGUUGACUCUUACGGAGAAUAUGUGCCCGGCAAUGAUAUAAUUCUUAUAGGCAACGGGAUGAAAUUGCUAUGGUCACGUCCGGUGAAUGAACAAGAAAGCUCAGAUUACAGUAUACGCUUACAUGAAGAGGAAAAUUGGCAUACCAUACAAAGAGGCGUUAUGCAGAGAGCUUCACGCACAGACUUUAUGAAUGUACUGUCUAACUUAGAACAUCUGUUAAUUAGAGCUACACCCAAAAUUCCCACAACACGUACAGCAAUACGCGACGUUAUACUAGAACGAUCCGUCGAGAGACCGAUGCCGGGUUCAGAACAUGCCAUCGAUGUGGAGGUCUGCUCUUGUCCAAGCGGUUAUGUGGGUAGCUCUUGUGAGAGUUGCGCUGCCAUGUUCUAUCGCAACAAUAACCGAGAUUGUGUUCCAUGCCCUUGUCAAGAAGAAGGUUCCACGUCGUGCAAUUUAGAUGACAGAGGUUAUGUGAAAUGUCAAUGCAAACUUCAUUACACCGGUGAUCGUUGCCAAUAUCCAGAUGAUUAUGAACCAGAACGCCCAACUUCACGUCCAUCUACACCGCCAGAUUAUGAUUAUCGGACCCAAAUAAGCGUAUCGAUAGCCCCACCCGAAAUUACUAUCAUACCCGUGGGUGGAUCAAUUACGCUAACGUGUACCGGUCGCUUAGUUUGGAACAGCAGUCCCGUUAUCGUUUCAUGGUAUAAACUGAAUGGUCAGAUGCCGUAUAACUGGGAACAAGAUAACGGAAUCUUACAUUUAUAUGACUUACAAAUACACGAUUCCGGGGUUUAUAUAUGUCAGGCACGCAAUAACGACACCCAACGUAUUUACGAAGACAAAGUAUCGAUUACGAUUACGGAAAGCGCUCGUCGUACCCCGGCCAAAAUUGAGAACCUUCCUCCGUAUGUAACUUUCGAUGAAUAUCAACCUAAUCAAAUUGAUUGCGAAGUUAGCGGCAAUCCCAUGCCCACUGUUAUUUGGACACGGGUCGACGGUCAAAUGUCCCGAGAAGCUCACACAGAGGAAUCACGAUUGAUAUUCGAGUCACCACGAAAAUCAGAUGAAGGCAGCUAUCGUUGUCAAGCCAAUAAUGGCGUAGGCUAUGAAGAAAAGUACACUACCUUACGUGUAAGACCUACACGUCCAUCGCCCCCGACACCACCCAGGGAAGUAGUCUACAUUGAACCACCUUCAUUCAAUGGAGAGCCAGGCAGUUAUGUACGUUUAACGUGUCAACCCACCACCUCAGUCGUACUAAUCUAUGAAUGGAACAAGGAUGGCUACCCAAUUUAUCGUACACACAAUCUAAUCAUUAACGCUAACACGCUGGAAAUACGUGAAUCCACACAACGUGAUACAGGUGUCUACACUUGCAUUGGUAUUGAUUACCGUGGUCGCCGUAACUAUACAUCGGAUGCUCGAGUAAUUAUUGAAGAACCGCGACCCCCAUAUAAUGGUGGCGGCAGUAUUGGACCUGUGGAGCCGCCCUUACCCGGAACGGUACCACCCAGCGUCAAGCGUUUGCCUGAAGAGAAUCUUAUAAUACAAGGACACGACUUUAGUAUAACAUGCGAGGCAAGUGGUACUCCGUAUCCUAGUAUUAAAUGGACAAAAGUUCACGAGUCAUUGGGAGAUAAUGUGCAGCAAACUGGCAGUGUUUUACGCAUUAUGAACGCCCGUCCUGACAAUCGUGGCGUUUACUUAUGUAUAGCUGAAAAUUCCGCCGGUCAUGAUCAAGCUAGUACCGUUGUUGACAUUGAACCCCGUGAACAUCCCACCGUCGAUGUAGAACCGAAAGCACCACAAACUAUAACUGCUGGCGGUCAGGCUAUGCUAUAUUGCACAGCGAACGGUAUACCCGAACCGAUAGUCCAAUGGCGCCGCGUGGAUGGUCAACCACUUUCGUCUCGCCAUCAAAUACAAAACGAACCCGGUUACAUAAUUGUGAACGAUAUUACUUUGACGGAUGCCGGCGAUUAUGAAUGCGUGGCAGAAAAUGAGGUUGGCAAAGUUACUAGCGUUACAAGCAUACGUGUCAUUGUCCCCCCAAUAGUUGAAUUGGAGCCAAGUUUGGAAGUGUUAAGUGUCACCGAAGGCGACGAAGUUAAAGUAUUGUGCACAGCCAGUGGUUUCCCCAAUCCCAAUGUCCAAUGGAUAGAAUUCGAUGCACAUCCCAAGCUUGGCACAUCAAUAUCAGAGCAUCAUAAUCAAGCCUACUUGGAAUUCUAUCGCGUUACACCACAGCAAGCUAAAACCUAUAAAUGUGUGGCUACCAACGAGGGUGGUGACGACGAACGCUAUGUAAUGUUGGACGUUAAACCAAGACGGGGAGACGCUACUGAUGACAGCGAUGUGUAUUACCCACCUCAUCAACCCCAACCGUCUUAUCAGCCGCAUCCACAGCCACCUCAUCGACAACCGACGCAUUAUCCACCCUCUUAUCCAACACCACCUGCUUAUCCACCGCAAUCUCCUUAUCACACACCAACGUCGCUACCGGAAAAUAUCUAUCGCACAAAAUCUGGGGAGGAUGUUCAAUUAACUUGUAAUCUAACGUCUUAUGGGCCGCCUGUACAAGUACGUUGGACACGUUUGGAUGGUAGUCCCUUACCAGCGAAUUCCUAUAAUGAUCAAAAUACUUUAAUAAUAACGCGUGUUACCGACCAAAACGCCGGCAAAUAUCUUUGUAAUGCAUAUGAUAACCACGGUUCAGUUAUCACUUUCCAUAUAGCAGAAUUAGUGUUGGUACCCAUACCACACAUUACAUUACAUCCUCGAAUGCCUAUUUACGUGACUGCCAAUGAAAAUGUUGAUAUUUAUUGCGAGGUGGAAGGUGAAGAGCCUAUUCAUGUAUCUUGGCAUGCCGAAAACAAUCGCCCUCUCCCGUCAUCUGUCCAUAUAGAGGGUCAACAUUUGCGUUUCAUUUCAAUAACUCCCGCUGACGCAGGAUUGUAUUACUGUUCCGCUUCGAAUCGUUACGGCAACACUACCGAAAAGGCUCAAGUUGUAGUUAAUCGUGGUCAUACAUAUGAACCGCGACCAUCUAGUCGUUUUUAUGAAUUGAAUGAAGGCGAUACAGUGAGCAUGACCUGUGAUGCUCAACCCAGUCACACGCCAAUACGAGGUGAAGUGAUGUACAAUUGGCGUCGUGAAGAUAACUUACCACUGCCUCAAACUGCCCAGAAGCGUGGCAAUGAGCUUCUUUUAUAUCAGGUGCGAAAAGAAGAUGAAGGCCGCUAUAUAUGCGAAUCCUUUACAACCGGUGGCGAUGUAUCCCAACCGUCAUAUGCCGAAUUGAGAAUUUCGCGAGGUUACAGCCAAUCUGAGAUACCUUGCAUGGUUUUCUAUAUCUGUACAGAUGUUAAGCCACUGAAACCCAUAAAAGCUAAACCGCUCACCACGGCCACGUCUCUGACAGCUAAUAACAGCAGCAAUCGUUCAUAUGCUUGUCAACCUAGUGAUUUCCGGUGUAUCUCUCACCCUCACACCUGUAUAACUAAAUCAAUGGUUUGCGAUGGCAUACAUGAUUGUACCGAUCAUUCAGAUGAAUUCAAUUGCACGCGUCCGCUAAACAAUGGUAAUAAUAACGGCCUAAAACGUUGGAAAAAGCAUUCAAGCUAUCAAUCAAGACCCAAACCUCUAGCAACAUCACAGUCGUCCCUAGCAACAACACAGUCUACGGUGUCUGCGCCCAGUCGCCAUAAUAAAAGACGUAAACAGCGCUUGCUGAAAAGCUCGCCGGCUUAUAAAAAAUAUUCUUCGGCCAAAAAGGCUCAAAGUUUAAUGAAGAAAAAAAUCGUGGGGGCUAGACCUCAACACUUCUAUCCGCCAGCUCUGCAUGCGAGCUCAACCGCUCUGCCCCGCGACUUGAGUUUAAAACUGGAUCAACAGCACUCCAAGUUACGUGUAGGUGAAUCUACCGAAGUAGAAUGCUAUUCAUCCGAUGAUACGUACAGUGAUGUUAUGUGGGAGAGAGCCGAUGGUACACCUUUACCGCCUCAUAUACAACAAAUUGGCAACCGUUUGGUUAUAUCUCAUGUCACAUCUGUCGAUGCGGGAACUUAUGUCUGCAAAUGCAAAACCGAUGAAGGCGAUUUAUAUACAACCACCUAUGAAUUGGAAAUUGAGGAGAUUAUGCAUGAAUGGAAGCAUCCGAAAAUUGAAUAUGCCAAGGUUGGCUCUAUGGCGAAAUUAAAAUGCGAUGCGGAUAAUAGUCAAGCUUCACCCAGCUAUAGAUGGUCAAGGCAAUAUGGACAAAUGCAACUGGGUACCGAUAUUUUAAGUGAUAAGUUGGUCCUACACGACGUCCAGGCCAAUGAUGCUGGCACUUACGUAUGCACUGUCACUGAUACGAAUGGCGAAUCUGUCGAUUAUCCUACGAUUUUGGUAGUAACUGGAGCUGUACCUCAAUUCGAUCAGAAUCCUCUAAGUUAUAUGUCUUUCCCGACAUUACGCGAUUCAUUUAUAAGGUUUAACUUUGACAUUACAUUCCGUCCAGAAUUACCAAACGGUUUAUUAUUAUUUAAUGGUCAAAAACGCGGCAACGGCGAUUAUAUAUCACUAUCGCUCAAGAACCGUUAUCCAGAAUUCCGUUUCGAUUUCGAUGGUAAACCGAUGAUUGUACAAGCUGAACAUCCCAUUACAUUAAAUAAAUGGCAUACUGUGCGGGUUAAUCGUUUCCGUCGCGAUGGUAUUAUGCAUGUCGACGAUCAACAUCCGGUAGGAUUUCCCACACUAUCACCGUCCUCUUCAUUAGAUUUGAUAGAAGAUUUAUAUAUCGGCGGUGUGCCUAGUUGGGAUAUGCUGCCUGAUGAAGCGGUCGAUCAUAAAGUGGGCUUUGUAGGCUGUAUUAGCCGUUUGACUCUACAAGGUAGUAUUAUUGAACUGAUGAAAGAGGCAAAAGUGAAAGAGGGUAUCAAUGGCUGCCAACCAUGUACGACAAAUCCUUGCUCCAAUGAUGGCAUUUGUAUGGAAAGCCAAAGCGAAAUGGCUUACUCAUGCAUUUGCCAGCCCGGUUGGACAGGACGGAAUUGUGGCGUGGAAGGUACACAAUGCACACCUGGCAUCUGUGGAGCAGGACGUUGUGAAAAUACCGAAACCGGUUUGGAAUGCUUGUGCCCGCUAAAUCGAACAGGAGAUCGUUGUCAGUACAUAGAACAUUUAAACGAGAAUAGUUUAGCUUUUAAGAAAAAUAGUUUUGCUGCCUAUGGUGUUCCUCGGGCUUCUAAGCUAAAUAUUAAAUUCCGAGUUAGACCAAAUAGUUUAGACGACGCGGUUCUAUUGUAUACGGCCGAAUCAGAAAUGCCUAGCGGUGAUUACGUUGCCGUUGUGUUGCGCAACAAACAUGUUGAGCUGAUUAUUAACACGGGAGCCCGUCUCAAGCCAGUAGUUGUACGUUCCACAAAUCCACUGCCUCUUAAUCAAUGGACUGAAAUAGAAAUAGCGCGUCGUUUUGGCGAAGGUAUACUUCGUGUAGGUAGUGAACCUGAACAAAAGGCCAAGGCGACUGGAGCUGCUCGCACGCUAUAUAUACGCACGCCGCUGUACAUAGGAGGCUACGAUAACGAAAAGAUUACCUUGAAUUACGAUGUUAAUGUAACUCAAGGUUUCGAUGGUUGCAUAUCGAAUUUAUAUGAAGCUCAACGACAAUUGAACUUGAUUGCCGAUAUACGAGAAGCUGCCAAUAUACAAAAUUGUGGGGAGAUUAAUGAAAUCGAUCAGAACGAAACCUUUCAAACAGAGACGACACAUGAUAAGCACGAUCGCGUAGACGUGGCAGUACACAAAAUGAUAAUCCCAGACGAAGGUUGUGAUAGUGACCCUUGCGAAAAUGGCGGUACAUGUCAUGUAAUUAACGAUACAGUUACCUGUGAUUGCGCUAUCGGAUUUGUUGGCGCACAUUGUGAGGACUUCAUUCUGUUGAAAUUUGAUGCGAAUUUCCGCGGUAACGGUUAUUUGGAACUGGAUCGCUCACAAUUCAACGAUGAAACCAAUCAGAAAUACUCGUUCGCUGCUAUGGUCUUCUCAACUAGUGAUCCCGAUGGCUUGUUGUUAUGGUGGGGUCAACCCAAAGGUGAAACGUAUACUGGACAAGAUUUCAUGGCUUUGGCUUUGGUGGAUGGCAUUGUUGAAUUUGCGUUCCGUUUGAAUGGUGAAGAGGCCGUCAUCCGAAAUCCCGAUAAACGUGUGGACGACGGACACCGUCAUAUAGUAUUAGUUAAACGUACUGAUAACACGGCUAUAUUAGAAUUAGACCAUGUCUUAUAUGCGGAUGAAACUAGGCCAACUGGCAAAAAUACUAUGAGCUUGCCUGGCCAUGUAUUUAUAGGUGGCGCACCCGAUUUAGAUAAUUUCACUGGCGGCCGUUACAAGCAAAAUUUCACCGGUUGCAUACAUGUGGUUGAGGGUGAAGAAAGCGGUACCAUAGAAUUAGGCAAAGUGGCUAUAAGCGGUAUUAAUGUAGACACUUGUCCAGCUGGUCUUUGCAUUGAAAGCAUGCAUAAGUAGUAAGUUGGUACAAAAGGCGUUUCAAGCCUGAAGAUGUAGCUGCGGGCUUCCGUCUUCGCAUCGGUAACGGCAAGUUUUUACCGUUAUUUUGAAAAAUAAAGCAAUCAUUGCCCCGUUUCUUGCUUAGGGAUGACUUCAUUGGAUGAUACCGUAAAGCUAAUACGCGGGGCGACUAGCGAUCUUUGCAAAUCGGUAUCGCUAUCAUCUUUACAACUCUCACUGCCCUCGAUAGCAUCAUGGUCGUUAGAACGUUCAUCCCGAUUAGAACUAUAUACAUAUACCGAAAUUGUUAUCAUCAAUGCGAUAUAUAAUACAUCUGCCAGACAGUUCAAGCAGACAUUUGUGAAGAAUUCUUUCGAUAUUUGCCACCGGUACCAAAUUCCUCAUUUGAUAUCGUACUUGGUUUAAUAUCUCGGUUUCGCUGACGAAUGUGUCUUCAUACCCCUCGCAUAAUAGGUUCACUGCGUUUAUUGCGUGACGCUCUACCUUUUUUGGUCCUUUUAUAUUUUCCAUUUAUAAAAUAAUUGCGUCGGAAAGAGAAUAUUCCAAAAAAAAAAAAAAAAAAAGACGUUUUAUUUGAUAUGCGAGAGUUAUGAGGGAUAGAAAGCAGCCACAAGCUAGGAGGUGUAAGCGCGAUUGAUGGCCAUUACCACUUUAACGUUCUAAGUAUUGUCAGAUCCAUAAGUACAUCUUGUAGCUGAUUUUUGUAAAGUGCAGUGAUUAUAUACGCACCACAAGGUCACCGGAAUCAUUUGUAUUUAUGUACGACAUUUAUUAUUAUAGAUGUCCUUCGCUUAACACGAUUAAUUCGUACGGUGCCUUAUCGAAAUCGUGUUAUAAUAUUCGAUAAUUUUGUACCCUGUUGCAUCGAAAUUAUACUUUCAAAAUAACGUGUUAAGGAGGAUGACCACGUAGACGUUGUAUAUUAAAAAACACAAUCAAUAUAAUUGUGGAUCGAAAUCCAAGAUAUGUUAGCUCUCAUCUCUCUAAAAAACUAAGGGCCAUAAAGUAAUUGUGAAAAUUAUUUAAAAUAAAUAAAUUUGAUGUUGUUCCGAUAACAAAGUUAAGCAAAGGUUCAAAGAAAAAUUUGGCUUAAUCAGAAGAAAGCGACUCCGUAAAUUGGGCGCCAUUAUAAGGACGCAAAAUAUCGCCUGUUUCUUUAUAUCUACCAGCAAUGUGGGUGGGCAUAUUGAUUUUGUGAAAACGUUUACGACGACCAGAAGGAAGCUUCAUAGUAUUACGCAUCGUGAACUUUCUUUCGAAAAUCGAAGGGACGGAUAAGUGAUUAAUUUGGUCUUACGAUACUGUACCUACCUAAAAAUUCACUUUGUUCAAAAGUUGGCGUUUGGUAAUCUUCUCAACAAAACCCCAUUUUCGCCGAGUUCAAAUUUUUACAUUGUUCUUAGACUUUUUCACCUCGUCAAAGGCAUUUAAUCAAAUAGAAUUUAAAAUUGACGACAAUAUAUCAUCCAUAACUAACUUAUGGCAUUUGGGAAAAUGUCGUAAAAACCUUAAUUACUUUCUAAGAAAUGUUCCGCAUUUCUGGAACAUUUUUGACAGAAAGUUUUUCACGCUUUAUUUGAUUUCAUUUUUAUUUAUUCAUUUAUUUAUUG